GUUUUUGUAUAUAAACAGGCGAAUUAAAUUAUUUAUUCAGUGUAAAGUAAAAAUUACUUAAGACAUAAUGUACCGUUUUGUAGUAUUCUGCGCUUUGGUCGCUCUUGUGAGCGCGAACACUCAAGUUAGCCGAUGCGUGAACCACAGCGGCGCUCUCCCCGACAGCACGAACAUCGAGGGAUGCACCAGACCACCAUGCGUGCUGCCGCAGCUGCAGGAUGCCGUCAUACACCUUAACUUCAGAGCACCUCGUGCCAUCCGCAGCAUGAGGACUCUGGCGACCGCGUACCUCGGCGUCAUCCCUAUCCCGUACGACUUGGGGCAGAACUCCGUCACCUGCAACUUCUUGACCAACGCCAACUGUCCCGUGUCUGCCAACCAGUCUCUGCGGUACACUCUGAGGAUGCCCAUUGAGCCUUUCUUCCCUGUGGGUACACAAGUGACAGUUGAGUUCCGUGUGGUGGACCAAGACAACAGCGCCGUGGUGUGCCUGCGAGUACCCAUCCGCAUCGCACCUCCGCGCGCCUAGACUUCUAUUGCAAUUAAUACAUUUUUAUUGACGAGCAAAUAGUUAAGUAAAUAUCAUUAAAUAAAAUUACUUUAUCAUAAA